UUUUAAUUUUUGAGUCGAUCGAUAAACCCUAAGUUCUCUCUCCGUCGUCUUCAUUCUCAGCUUUGCCGUUUUCAUCGAUUAACGAGAGAGAAGCUUCGUUCGCCGUCGUCGUAAAAAUGGGUUUCAAGAGGAAGAAGGGCGAUGGUGACGGUGAGGAAAUGGAAUCAGAAGGUCGUGGAAAGUCUAGUUUCAAUGGAACUGAGAAGAGGAGUGUGAUACUUCCUUCGAUGAUUAAGAACAAGGAUAAGAGAUCUAAAGUGUAUGCUAAGCAAAAGCAUGAGAAGAAAGUGGAGAAGCAGAAGAAGAUUAGAGCUCGUGACGCUGCUGAGAAACGAGCUCUAGAGCUUGGUGAAGAGCCUCCACAAAAGAUGAUUCCGAAGACGAUUGAGAAUACCAGAGAAGCUGAUGAAACUGUUUGCCGACCUGACGAUGAAGAAUUGUUUGCUGAUAUUGAUGCUGAUGAGUUUAAUCCAGUGCUGAGACGUGAGAUUACUCCUAAGAUCUUGAUCACAACAUGUCGUUUCAAUUCCACUAGAGGACCUGCGUUUAUAUCUGAGUUGCUUUCGGUGAUACCAAACUCUCAUUAUCAAAAAAGAGGAACUUAUGAUUUGAAAAAGAUUGUAGAAUACGCAACGAAGAAAGAUUUUACAUCUCUUAUUGUAGUUCAUACGAAUCGCAGAGAACCUGACGCCCUUCUUAUCAUCGGUUUGCCAACUGGUCCUACUGCUCAUUUCAAAUUGUCAAAUCUUGUUUUAAGGAAGGAUAUUAAGAAUCAUGGAAAUCCUACAAGCCAUCAACCGGAAUUGGUUUUGAAUAACUUUACAACGCGUUUAGGGAAUCGUGUUGGGAGGUUUUUUCAAUCACUCUUCCCUCCGGAUCCUAAUUUCCGUGGUAGGAGAGUUGUGACAUUCCACAACCAGCGUGACUUUAUAUUUUUCAGACAUCACCGUUACAUAUUUGAGACGAAGGAAAGCAAACAGAGUGAUAAAGGAAAAGAUGGUGUUCAAGAGACAAUAAAACCUCGUCUUCAGGAAUGUGGUCCUCGAUUCACGCUUAAGCUAGUUACUUUACAGCAUGGAACCUUUGACACCAAAGGCGGAGAAUUUGAAUGGGUUCAUAAGCCUGAAAUGGACACGAGCAGGAGAAGGUUCUUCUUAUAAAUUCUGCUGUCUUUCGAGUUUCACAAAGUUUUGUGUUUAUUUUUCAUUUUCGGAUUUUCCUGAUCUCCGACCAAAAUUGUAUGUCUUUAAAACUUCACAUUUCUUUUCAAUAUAGCCAUGAGCCAUCGAAACAAUCGCAGGUGGACUUGUUUCAACAAUAUAGGUCCUUUUUUAUUUUUUAAAAGCUUAAUUUAAGCUA